AUGCGAUUCCUCUCUUGCCUUGCGCUGCUACCAGGCGCACUUGCCGCACCUGCCCUCGACUUCUCUUCCCACAUCACUCCACGCGACAACGCCAACUCCUCCCUCACCGGCUACCUAGGCGUCUUCUUCCUCGGCGAUGCGCCAAACGUCUACUUCUACCAGUCAAAGGGCAAUAAUGCCGCUUCCAUGAACCCCCUCAACGGCGGUCAACCAAUCAUCGUCCCCACCCUAGGAACCAAGGGCGUCCGGGAUCCCUCGAUCAUCGCCAGCAAAAACGAUGGGAAAUACUACAUCAUCGGCACGGACCUUGACAUCGGCAAAACGACAUGGGACAUCGCGCAACGCAACGGCAGCCGCUCGAUCUUCAUCUGGGAGUCCACAGACCUGACGACCUGGACCAGCGAACGUCUAAUCGAGGUUGAAGAUGCCAGUGCGGGAAUGGUAUGGGCGCCCAGCGCCAUCUUCGACGAAAAAAAGGCUCAGUAUCUCGUGCACUGGGCCUCCAAGUUCUACGGCGCAGACGACCCGGGCCACACUGGUGCGCCGAGCGCGAUCAAACUGCGGUACGCGUAUACGAGUGAUUUCAAGACGUUUGGAGAGCCGGGAGAUUAUAUCGACUACUCGCCAACCAACGUCAUCGAUCUCGAGUUCCUCUCCCUCGGCAAUAACGCGUAUGCGCGCUUCGUCAAGGACGAGACCGCGAAGACGGUUUUCACUGAGGUUUCCACCACCGGCGUGUUUGGAACCUGGACAAGGCCUCAGGGUGCUGGCAGCAUCAUUGAGUCUGGUGUCGAGGGCCCGGCGGUGUACUGGGAUAAUGAGGUUGAGGGGAAGGCGCAUCUGCUACUCGAUUUCUACGGCGCGGACGGGUAUAGGCCGUAUGAGAGCACGAAUGUUGAGGGUGGUGUGUGGACAGCAUCGGACCGCUCAGCCUGGCCCGCAAACUUGCGCCACGGGAGUGUACUGCCGAUUACUGCGACCCAGGUCGAUGCGUUGAAUGCUAGGUGGGCUUGA